AUGGAUAACGAACAAAUUUGGCAGAAUUUGAACUGGCCUAAAAAUGCAACAAUAAGGAAACGAAAGAUACGAGACCCAACUUUUACUGCAGUUCAGUCUAUAUUAUACAAUGGUGGGCUUCUGGCAGCUCUCUUGUACUCCAUCGCUACCUUACUAAUACAGCCGAUACUAGCAGACCAAUAUGAACAGAGACAUGAAUUUGCACUUGCAGCUCUCUUGAAAGUUCGAAAACUGAUUUCUACGUUACAAUCUCGAUUACGAACUACACCUGUCUCCAUACUGGGAGCGAAUGAAACGCAAACUACCAUUGAAAGAUGCACACAAACUUCAUUAGAUACUGAUAAUGACUUUGCUGAUGAGAAUGAUACUCCACUGGAGUCAAUCUCGCAAAGGAUAUAUAACUUAAAGUGGAAAUUGAGUCAAUUUAAUGCAAACGAUAGUAGAACCUCUAAUGCCAUUGAAGGAUUCAAUUUUCAAACCAAACUGGUAAAGGAUCAAAUUGAUAAUUUAAAUACUCCUACUAAAGCAAUCGAUGGAUCUAAGAAUAUUGUUGCGUCAUUGCGAGAAAUGAAGGGCUGGUUUGUCAAUGGGAAAAUCCCUUAUUAA